AUGCUGGUAGGGUUGAAGAAAAGGUUGCAAGAUGCAAAGGAAGCCUGGGCUGAAGAACUCCCACAAGUACUAUGGGCUUAUCGGACUACCCCUCAGUCUGCCACAGGGGAAACACCUUUCCGACUUGCUUAUGGCAUAGAAGUCAUGAUACCAAUUGAAAUCAACGAGCAAAGUCCAAGGGUGAACUUCUACGACGAGGUGGGAAACAUACAGGGGCACAAAGAAGAGCUUGAACUACUCCCUGAAGUCCAAGAACAAGCCCAGAUAAGAGAAGCAGUGUUGAAACAGAGGAUGACAAACAGAUAUAAUAAAAAGGUCAUUCAAAGAAGUUUUAGCCCAGACGACUUGGUUUUGAUAAAAAACGAUAUUGGAGUCAACAAAUCUAGGGAUGGAAAGCUUGCUGCCAAUUGGAAAGGACCAUAA